AUAGACAGGCAGUGGACGGGAAGGAAGAUGUCGGUGACGGUGUCAGAUAACGCAGAAAGCAUCUGGGUGUUCGGCUACGGCUCACUGACUUGGAAGCCCGGUAUAUCAUACAGCAGCAAGCAUUACGGCUAUAUCAAGGGCUUCAAGAGGCGGUUUUGGCAGGGUAACACAACCCACCGGGGCACCCCUGAACAGCCGGGCCGGGUGGCGACCCUAGUGCCGGACAGCACGACUAUACUGUGGGGUGUUGCCUAUGAAUUAAAAGGGAAGGAACAAAUUCAAGCAGGCAUGGAGAAUCUCACAAAUCGGGAGAUGAGACUAGGUGGAUAUACAACAUAUGUGAUAGACUUCUACCGUCGAGAGUCUCAUGAAUAUCCUAUCCCCACGGUUGUAUACACAGCCACACCUGACAGCCACCUGUGGAUGGGACCGCACAACAGCCUUGAUCAGAUGGCGCUGCAGAUCGUGACGUCACAUGGCACGGCGGGAGCAAACAGCGACUACGUCACAAAAUUAGCCGAUUUCACACGGAAAUAUAUUCCGGAGGAAACGGAUGAGCAUUUGUUUCUGUUGGAUAAGAAGAUAAGAACUCUUCUAGCGACACGACAUAAUGUGCACAAACCUUCUGAGAAAAUGAAUAGUAAACAUUUGCGUCCUGCUAAGGUACAUAGUGAGAUGGUGUCAAUAGAAAAACCAUUCUGUAUAGCCAAGAGAAUCUCGCACAAUGACGAGGCCUGUGAUAGGACAGUGCUGGAGCCGAGAGUGGAGAUGCAAAGAGAUGAAUGAUCAACGCUUAUACUUCACCAGGCAUAUGAAGAAAUUAGAGAAAAAAUUGCUUUAAACAUAUAUAUUUUCUUUUGUAUACACAGUAAGCCAUAGACUUAUGUCGUGUAAC